AUGUAAACUGAAAGAUAAAAUGGCAAAUUACAGAUUAGAAACGAGUAAUUCUAUUUAAAGACUGCAUUUAUGUAAAUAAAUAAAAUCAUCUUUGUCUAUGAUUGGUUGAUUGAUACAUAAACAGAUUUUGAAGAAAGUUUAAUCAGAAAUUCUUUCUAGUAUUAAAGACUUACUUGA